AUGCAAACAAAGUUAUCAAGACAUCCAGCAGAAGAGAGUUACAGAGAGUCUCCGCAAAGAUCACAUAACUCAAGACAUCGUAACUGUGAGAAAGAAUAUAAACUCUUACAAUUCAUCUGGAAGCUGGACAAAGUGAAAAAAAAAACACCUCUGUUUCUCACGCCACGGCCUCAACACGGUGUGCCCCCCGCCCGCGCCGACGACCUUGCAAGCUACGAAGGAACUUUAGAACUACUUCGACAAGAAUUGCUACAGAAACAAAAACAUGAAAGUCCUCUCCAAGGAGUCGUCCGAAUCAGACAUUCACGAAUCUCCGCUGGGUGUCACUGA